GGCCCUGACCUUGCGCCCUGAUCACUGCAUGACGGCACGUUAUUUGAUACCAGGGCAUGGCAUAUCUGACAUCCGUCCGGCCCAUCCACCCCACAGCCUCAACGGAUUUGUUACAUGAUUGUACCAGUACGCGCGCCGAUGGUCGCUUUUUUCUUUCUUUCUUUUUCGUUCCUUUUUCCGGCUCUCUUUGGCGGUUCUGCGACACAAUACCCCGAACUUGAGUAUCCUGCAUCAUCUUCGACCCUUGCGUUUGGCGGCUUGGAGCCCGACACCUUCCCAUCGACGGUAUUGCGAAUGCGCACCCUGCAACAACUUGAUCACAACCCGCAAUUCGCUGCUUGCUCUGCCUGCGAUGCUACGAUUGGAUUAUCCCUCGCCUCUAGAGGUACUGACCAACGGAAGAAGGUCGAAAUGCUGAUUGCCCAGACAUGAUCUGGUUUAUCCACUGGACAUAGCUGCAGGUAUCUCCAUGGCUUUCUGCUCCCCACAGGCUUCCCUCAUUAGCGCCCUCGCCGUGACCGACUUGAGGUCUGACCUGGG